CCCGGGGUUUGUCUCUGCACGGAGACCUCCUAUCUCUUUACUGUCGUUGAUCAACCAGUCAAGCAGAGACCACGGGUAAUAGGAAUUAGGUCAAGGUAAUACCAACACCAACAAACAGCCUGAGACUGACCUCACCGGCUCUGAAAAGAGACUGCCGUCGUCCCGUGGUUGCAUUUUCUCUUCUUCCCUCCCUUGACUUCUUCAAGGACUUCCUCAACAUGCAGCGCCUCACUUCUCGGGGUCUCUCAGCGUCUGCCUCUGCCGCUGGUCGUCGCCUCGCCUCCACCAGUUCACGCAGGGCAUCACCACUUCUGCUCUCCUCCGCCUCCAAGAUGUCGUCCCCCGUCAAGACUGCUUCCGCCACCGCGGCGCGAAGGAUACAUGCCACCGCCAACCACCUUCGCCCGGCCGCUGCAGCCCUCGAGAGCACCGCGACCAGCUAUCCUACCACCCACGACAAGAUCGCCGACGUCAAGGACACUCCUUGGUUCAUCGACAACAAGUUCGUCGCCUCCUCCACCACCCAGUACAUCGACCUCCACGAUCCCGCCACCAACAACCUCGUCACCCGCGUGCCACAGAACACCGAUGAGGAACUCAAGGCCGCCGUCGACUCGGCCCAGAAGGCCUUUGAGUCCUGGAAGAACACCAGCGUUCUCCACCGCCAGGCCAUCAUGUUCAAGUUCGUCGCCCUCAUCCGCGAGAACUGGGACCGUCUCGCCGCCAGCAUCACCCUCGAGCAAGGCAAGACCUUUGCCGACGCCAAGGGCGACGUGCUCCGCGGUCUGCAAGUUGCCGAAGCCGCCUGCGGUGCUCCCGAGCUUCUCAAGGGCGAGCUCCUCGAAGUAGCCAAGGACAUGGAAACGCGCACCUACCGGGAACCCUUGGGAGUCGUAGCCGCCAUCUGCCCCUUCAACUUCCCCGCCAUGAUUCCCCUGUGGUGCAUCCCCAUCGCCACCGUAACAGGUAACACGCUGAUCCUCAAGCCCUCGGAGCGCGACCCGGGCGCAGCCAUGAUCCUCGCCGAGCUCGUCCAGAAGGCCGGAUUCCCCGAGGGCGUCGUCAACAUCGUCCACGGCGCCCACCGCACCGUCAACUUCAUCCUCGACGAGCCCGCCAUCAAGGCCAUCUCCUUCGUCGGCGGUAACAAGGCAGGCGAGUACAUCUUCUCGCGCGGCUCCGCCAACGGCAAGCGCGUGCAGGCCAACCUGGGCGCCAAGAACCACGCCGCCGUCCUGCCCGACUGCAACAAGAACCAAUUCCUCAACGCCGUCGUGGGCGCCGCCUUUGGCGCCGCCGGCCAGCGCUGCAUGGCUCUGUCGACUCUCGUCAUGGUCGGCGAGACAAAGAACUGGCUCCCCGAGCUCGCUGAGCGCGCCAAAGCGCUCAACGUCAACGGCGGCUUCGAGGAGGGCGCCGACUUGGGACCCGUCAUCUCCCCCCAGAGCAAGGAGCGCAUUGAGUCCCUGAUCGCCUCGGCCGAGCAAGAGGGCGCCACCAUCUUGUUGGAUGGCCGCGGCUUCAAGCCCGCCAAGUAUCCCAACGGGAACUGGAUCGCGCCGACCAUCAUCUCCAACGUUACCCCCUCCAUGAAAUGCUACCGCGAGGAGAUCUUCGGUCCUGUUCUCGUCUGCCUCAACGUCGAGACACUGGAUGAAGCCAUCGAUUUGAUCAACAGCAACGAGUACGGCAACGGCGUGGCCAUCUUCACCCGUUCCGGUCCCACGGCGGAGACGUUCAGGAGACGCAUUGAGGCCGGUCAGGUCGGUAUUAAUGUGCCGAUUCCUGUCCCUCUGCCUAUGUUUAGCUUUACGGGCAAUAAGAAGAGUAUUGCGGGUGGAGGCGCGAGCACGUUCUAUGGAAAGCCGGGAGUGAAUUUCUAUACGCAGUUGAAGACUGUUACGGCGCACUGGGCGGCGCAGGACGCGAUUGGACAGAAGGCGGAUGUUGCUAUGCCUACUCAUUCGUAGGUGUGGUGGUGGUUGUGUCUGUAGUUGAGGAGAGGAGUCGUGAAAUAGCAAGCAGGCAAUUUUGGAUUCAUACAAUCCGUACUACCUAUCGUGUU